UCUUCCCGGACACGUUCACUGCUGUCACAUCCAAAACGUAAACAAAGAGUAAUGGUUUUAUUAACAGCCCGGUGUUAUCCGCUGCUGUGGUGCUUAAGACACCGCUAAAGCUGUAACAUUUCUAGAGGCUUAUUGUCAGUCAAACCUGACAUGCUAACUUGCGAUGCUAACGUUAGCUCAGUAACAACUUGUGAUCAGCCUGGAGGAGUUGGAGGAGUUCAGAGGACCAGACGGAGGUGAAGAGGUGGAGAUGGGCUCUGUCCGGUGGGCUUUCCGCUGCGGGUCGUGGACACCGAGCAGGUCUGACUGGCUGUUAGCUGCUCGAUGCAUCCAGCGGGAGGAGAAGGAACGGAUCGGACAGUUUGUGUUUGCUAAGGAUGCAAAGUCAGCCAUGGCUGGCAGGUUGUUGCUGAGGAGAUUUGUGUGUGAGAGGAUGGGGAUCCCAUGGUCAGAGAUCAGACUGGAGCGGUCUCCCAGAGGGAAACCUUACCUGGCAGCACCACUAAAGGUUAGUUCAGAUUCAGGCCCUGAACCCCCAUCCUGGAGUUUCAACCUGUCCCACCAGGGGGACUACGCUGUGCUCGCUGCAGAACAGGGAGUGCAGGUGGGAGUGGAUAUAAUGAAGAUCGCUAUGCCAGGUAGCAGCUCAGUGCCAGAGUUUUUUCGCAUCAUGAUGCGUCAGUUUACAGCGUACGAGUGGAGCGUCAUCCAAUCAGCCGGCUCGGAGCACCAGCAGCUCGCCGCGUUCUACCGCCACUGGGCCUUGAAGGAGAGCUUCAUCAAAGCCAUCGGCACUGGAUUGGGCUUCAACCUGCAGAGGGUGGAGUUUCACCUGUCCUCCGAACCGCUCACACAGAAAUGUGUACUGCGCCAGACCAAGAUGCAUCUAGAUGAGGAAGAAGAGGACUGGAUAUUUGAAGAGAGCUUGCUGGAUGCAGAGCAUCAUGUUGCCGUAGCACUCGGACCAGCAGACAAAGCAGGCUCUGCACCUCUCCGUCCAUCUCUUCCUCCUCCCACCUCAUUCACGCUGCUGUCGUUCAGUGACCUCAUGGCCUCGGCCUCUCCUCUGACGGAGGAAGACUCUGCCUGCUGGGACAGCUUCAAGACAAAAGCUGAAGCUCCACAGAGACAAAGAGAAACACACGCAACCAAAUGACCACCUGUCUCAUGACACUCUUCUGCCAUACAAACACACACAGAUACACACUUUUCAUAAGUGCCAAAAAAAGAAGCACGCUGACACUGAGGCUGCUUUCUCAUUCAACACAAGUCCGGUCCAGACGAGUCAAGUUUAUUUAUAAAACCAAAGAUCUCAGGUUUGUCUCUGAGGACUUCAGCAUCCAUACAGCAUCUGACACCUUCUAUCUUUAGAGGCUCGACUCAGAUGAAGAAAAGCUCCACAAAAAUACCUGAACACGCCUGACACACAGACACACACAAACACUGUGCAGUAUAUACAAACAUUUAAUGUUGACUUGUAGAUAUCCUGUCAAUUUUAUUAACUUCCUGUGUAAUUUCCAGUGUGGGAUGUAACUAAGUACAUUUACUCAAGUACUGUACUUCAGUAUAAUUUUGAGGUAAUUGUACUUUACUUGAAUAUUUAAAUUUUAUGUAACUUCUACUCCAUUACAUUUUGAGGCAAAUAUUGUACUUUUUACUCCACUACAUUUUGCUGACAGCUUCAGUUACUUUUCAGAUUGAGAUUUAACCCUUUAUCGGGUGAAGAACCGUAUUUGGUAACUUCAGCGAAUAUCCAAAAUAAAAAAUAAAAAUAUUUCGAGAAAAAAGUAGCAAAUUUACUAGAUUAAAGUGGCAAAUCUACAAGAAAAAGUUGCAGAUUAAAGAGAUUUAAAGUGGCAAAUCUGGGUGGA